AUGGUUGAGACUGGACGUUUAUUGUUUGUCAGAACACAGCAGAAAAAAAUGCGUGCCGAAAUGUAUAGUGGUUUGGCAGAGGCUGUACUUCGAGGUGAUACAGAUGGUUCUAUGCAUGGCAAACGAAUCAUUUUGCCAUCCAGUUUUAUAGGUGGUGCAAGAUAUAUGAUCCAGAAUUACCAAGAUGCUAUGGCCAUAUGUAGAUGGGUUGGUUACCCAUCUUUGUUUAUCACCUUUACGUGUAAUCCUAAGUGGCCAGAGAUUGUUAGAUUUCUUUCAUCCAGGGGCUUAAAAUCAGAUGAUCGUCCUGAUAUUGUGUGUAGGAUUUUUAAAGUAAAGUUGGAUAGUUUUGUAAGAGAUCUUAAAACCAAAAAUUUUUUUGGAGCUGUGAAAGCAGUGGUGUAUACAAUUGAGUUUCAGAAGCGUGGUUUGCCUCAUUCACACAUUUUGCUUUUUUUAAGCAAUGAGGAUAAACAACCUCGGCCCCAACGUAUUGAUGAGAUUAUUUCUGCUGAGAUUCCUGAUCCAGUAUCUGAUCCGGGCUAUUUUAAGAAUGUGCAAGAGUAUAUGGUGCAUGGACCAUGUGGUGUUGUUCGAAAAUCUUCUCCUUGCAUGCGGAAUGGAAGAUGUUCAAAAUACUUUCCGAAAAAAUUUGUUGUUGCCACAACGUUUGAUGAUGACGGUUAUCCUGUUUACCGACGUAGAGACAGUGGUCGUGUUAUUAUGAAAGAUGGGGUGCCCUUGGAUAAUAGAUACAUUGUUCUGCACAAUCGUGCACUACUUAUGAAAUAUGGUGGCCAUGUAAAUGUCGAGUGGUGCAAUCAAUCGCGAUCCAUCAAGUAUUUGUUUAAGUACAUAAAUAAAGGUCACGAUCGCGUGACUACAUCUUUUUUCCAGUCUGGCCCAAAUGGUUCUGAUCAAGUACAGGAUGAAAUUAGUUUGUACUAUGAUUGUAGAUAUAUUUCGUCCUGUGAAGCUGCUUGGAGAAUUUUGGGGUUUGAAGUUCAGUAUAAGGAUCCGUCUGUUGAAAGACUGAGUUUUCACCUUCCUAAUGAGCAGAGCGUUAUAUUUGAUGAGAGAGACCGAUUGGAUAAUAUCAUUUGGCAACCUAGAAAGCAACGUUUCUCCAUUGGGAGGUUGUUUUAUGUUCCUCCUGGUUCUGGUGAUAUCUAUUAUUUGAGAUGUUUGUUGAACAUUGUUAGAGGAGCUACAUCGUAUGAAGACAUUAGGCGUGUGAAUGGUGUUCAGUAUGAUACAUUCCGAGAUGCCUGUUUUGCUUUUGGAUUGUUGGACGAUGAUAAGGAAUAUGUUGAUGGAAUUAUUGAGGCAUCAUUUUGGUCAUCUGCCCAUUCCAUAAGAUUGCUAUUUGUUAGUUUGUUGACUUCAGAUUCUAUUUCUAGACCGGAUUUUGUUUGGCGAAGUUGUUGGAAAUAUUUAUCUGAAGAUGUUUUGUAUAAUCAAAGAAAAUUGAGAAGUCUUCCAGGGUUGUUGCUGAGCGACGAGGAUGUCCAAAAUUUUGCUUUGGCGGAGAUUGAGAAGUUGUUGUUAAAUAUUGGUAAAAGUUUGCAAAAUUUCCAGGGUAUGCCUUAUCCGAAAUCUGAGUUUUUUGAAACAUUUGAAAAUAGAUUGAUUUGCGAUGAGUUGUGUUAUGAUCGUGAAACUUUGGGAAGAGAACAUUUGGACUUUCUUUCUAAGUUUACUGAUGAACAACUUCAUGUUCAUAAUACUAUUAUGUCAUCCGUUGACUCAAAUGCUGGGGGAAUGUUUUUUGUCUAUGGUUAUGGAGGUACUGGUAAAACUUUCAUAUGGAAGUCUUUGUCAGCCGGGAUUCGUUCGAAGGGUGAAAUUGUUUUAAAUGUGGCAUCAAGUGACAUAGCUUCUUUAUUGUUGCCUGGAGGUAGAACAACUCAUUCUCGCUUUAAGAUUCCCAUCAUUGUUGAUGAAGAUUCUAUGUGCAACAUAAAACCUGGGAGCGCGCUUGCUGAACUCAUUAUUAGAGCUAAGCUUAUCAUAUGGGAUGAAGCUCCGAUGGUUCAUAAACAUUCGAUUGAAGCUGUCGGCAGGACCUUUAGAGAUAUCAUGCGUGUAUGUGAUGAGGGUAGUAUGCAGAAACCAUUUGGUGGAAAAACUGUUGUUUUUGGUGGUGACUUUAGGCAAAUCUUGCCUGUUGUUCCAAAGGGUAGUAGGCAAGAUGUUGUGAAUGUUGUUAUCAACUCUUCUUACCUUUGGAAGUAUUGUCGUAUUGAUAUGAGCUCCGAUAGUAUUGCUCACUCAGAUUCGACAUCGGGUGGUUUAGCUGCGCUACAUUCAGUUGAGUUUUUGAACAACUUGAAGUGUUCAGGUACACCUAAUCAUGAAUUGUUGCUGAAAGUUGGUACUCCUGUUAUGCUCCUAAGGAAUAUAGAUCACUCGAACGGAUUAUGUAAUGGCACAAGAUUGUUGAUUACACGAUUAGGUGAUUAUGUUCUGGAGGCUCAAGUGUUGGCUGGGCAUAAUGUUGGGCAUAAAGUUUUGAUCCCUCGAAUGUCUUUAAUUCCUUCUGAUCCAAGGUUGCCGUUCAAAUUACAACGACGGCAAUUCCCUGUGGCUGUGUCGUAUGCAAUGACCAUUAACAAAAGUCAAGGUCAAUCUUUGGCUCAUGUUGGGUUAUUCCUACGAAAACCAGUAUUCAGUCAUGGACAGUUGUAUGUUGCUAUAUCUCGAGUCACGAGUCGCGCAGGUAUGAAGAUUUUGGUCUGUAAAGACGAGGAUGAUGAUAAUAGGGGUGAUUCGACUGUUAAUGUUGUUUACAAAGAGGUUUUCCAAAAUUUAUGAACUAUUACUGUUUUGUAUAUAGUAUUUUGUU